CCCCUUUUUUUCCCCCUUUCUAUGGGUGCGCCAUGCCUCUGGGUGGACAGAAGAGUGCAUGAGCUGGACUGGACUGACCAUUUGUGGUUAAUACCGUUCCAAUGCUCUGCGGUUCCAUGAGCUGCGGAUCCAUUGGGAAGUGUGGAGCUGACCCAAAAUGGUAUUUCUCGCAAGCAAGAAGGCAUCGGAUUUUGUCCGCUUAAGCAAGCAGCUGAAAGCUGUCUGGAGUUGGCGUCCAACGUCCGUAAGACUGUGCAGUUUGGCUGCCUGCUCUCUUCAGAAGAGGUAUGCUUCAUUGCACCCUCUCUGGCAGAGCCCGAUUACAAUUCCCGGAGGGAGUCGCCAGUCUCCGAUCAACAUCCAGUGGAGAGACAGCGUUUAUGAUCCUCACCUUCAACCCUUGGAAAUACGCUACGAUCCAGAAUCUUGUCUUCAUAUGUGGAACAACGGCUACUGCUUCCUGGUCGAAUUUGAGGAUUCCACGGACAAAUCAUAUAUUACAGGAGGCCCCUUGGAGAACAACUACAGGCUGAAGCAGUUCCACUUCCACUGGGGGGCCGUAAAUGACUGGGGUUCCGAACACACAGUCGACUGUAAAGUUUUCCCAGCAGAGCUGCAUUUGGUACACUGGAAUUCCUGCAAGUUUUCGAGUUUUGAAGAAGCUGUAAUGGAGGAUAAUGGCCUGGCUGUAAUUGGGGUCUUCUUGAAGAUUGGGACCCAUCACAGCGGGCUGCAGAACCUGGUCGAGGCCUUACCGUCUAUUAAACACAAGGAUACACUUGUUGAAUUCGAUGUAUUUGAUCCGUCCUGUUUGUUGCCGUCGUGCCCGGAUUAUUGGACCUACUCUGGGUCUUUGACCACCCCGCCACUUACGGAGUCUGUCACCUGGAUCAUCAAGAAGAAGCCAAUAGAGGUUGACGAAGACCAGCUCGAGAUGUUUCGGAUGUUACUCUUCACCUCCUUUGGAGACGACGAGAAGCGAAUGGUGGACAACUUCCGGCCGCUUCAGCCGCUGAUGGGCCGGACUGUCCGCUCGUCCUUCCCGAGCCAGUACCGGCUGGACAUCGAAACAAGAUCAGAGGAGCAUUCUCAGCGUGCCAGCCAACAAAUGCCCCUCAAAGGGACUGUGCAUCUUUAAGAGGAAAACCGGAUCAGAAACGUCAAUAGCACUUUAUAUAUAUAAUCUAGAGUAUAUCUUGCUGCGUAUCCCAGGUUUGCAUUCAGUUGCUUUGGAGGGUUUGGGGGGGGAGAGGGGGGGAUUCUUGCCUUCUGCUCUCCUAACGGGCUCUCUGUUCUGCAGCACAGCAGCCUGCCUUAACGAACCCCCUCUUGCAAUUAAAGCAAUUCAUAAAAUGCACAGAGUUCUACGCCUUGCCCAGCAGCAAAACCGCUUUCCAGGUGUUUGAUGGCUCCUCAGUUGUGUCAACUGAAUGGUGGCAAAAGGUAUCUCAGAGCAGAUGCUUCCAAGGAAAACGGUGGGUCAGGGGUCGGUGUCUCAAGUCUUUGCGAAAGGAAAUGCCACAUUUUGGAUUUAAGAUGGCAGCUUUUUUCUCAACCUGGUGCUUCUCUCUGUCCGCAAAGUCCAGUCUUACCUACCUCUGAAAUAUAUGAGCUCUGACUUUA